AUGCAUCUCCUCAUGCUCUGCAUCCGCCUCGGCGCAGCCGCUGCUCUGUCAUCCCAAGUCCUAGCCAUACGCACCACCAAACCGCACACCACGAAAUCGCACACCACGAAAUCCCACUCGGCGAAAAACCCCUAUACAGAACCCAUCCGCGUCUUGACAAUCACCUCCGACCCGAAAUCCCCGACAGGCACAAGCUCGGCAUCAGCCAGCUUCCCUACCACAACUAACACCUACGCCCACGGCAACCCCCUCUGCGCCAUCCCGGGCUUCACCCUCGUGCCCGGCUCCUACAACGAGACGAUCCAGCAGGCCUCGGGCUCCACCCUCAAGUGCUGCCUCGCCGCGUGCGUGGCCGACGACGGCGACUUCGCCACCGGCAGGUACAAGUGCAUGAGCAUCGCCUUCAACGCCCGCUACGGCGAGUGUCUGUUCUUUGACGCCUUCGUCGAGGAUACCCAGCUGGAGAUCGAUGCCAGUAGCGAGUUUGUGCAUUAUGAUUUGCCGUGUGAGGUUGAGUGA